UUCGAGUUAAGACGGUGCAACCAUCGGAAUCUAGGGGCUCAUCUGCAUCUCUUUCCAGUCACUUGGGUCGAAUUGAAGCCAUGGUGUCAUCAGCGAUGUUAUGUUGCCGGCAGACUAGGCACAUGUGGGCAAGCUUCUUAUGGUUUGCCGUAGUAUUAGGAUUUGGUUUGAAUUUUGGGGAUGCGUUGAAAGUACCCUUUAGGAUUAAGGACGUGCUUCCAGUUCUGCCUCGCCAGAUAUCAUGGCCCGUGCUAAAUAAUCUUCACAGUCCGGUUGAUCUUUUACCCACUUUUGUUGGAUCGGUAGCUCCCAACAACGGCUCAAUUGAGUGGAACGGUGCCUGCUUUAAGAGUAAUGAAGCUCGGUUCGAGUUCACCGGUGGUGAAAGUGACGAGCAGGAAUUGGGUGGUGGGAUUCUCUAUCUUAAGACCAGUGAAGCUCACAGCUGGACUUGUAUGGACCUUUAUGUAUUUGCAACACCUUAUAGAGUGACAUGGGAUUAUUACUUCUCUGCUCGGGAGCACACUCUGAAAAUUUCUUCGUGGGAAGAGCCUGCAGAAUUGGAAUAUGUGAGGCAGCAUGGGAUAUCUGUAUUUCUAAUGCCAUCAGGAAUGUUGGGAACCUUGCUUUCUCUGCUUGAUGUCUUGCCUCUAUUUUCAAAUACUGCUUGGGGUCAGAGUGCUAACUUAGCCUUUUUGAAGAAACACAUGGGAGCAACAUUUGAAAAACGCACUCAGCCCUGGCAGGCAACCAUCAAACCAGAGGAUGUUCAUUCUGGUGAUUUCUUAGUAUUGUCAAAGAUUCGUGGGCGAUGGGGUGGAUUUGAGACAUUAGAGAAAUGGGUAACAGGUGCAUUUGCUGGACAUACAGCAGUUUGCUUGAAAGAUGAAAUGGGAAAUUUAUGGGUUGGCGAGUCAGGGCAUGAGAAUGAUAAGGGAGAGGAAAUUAUAGCGGUAAUUCCAUGGGAUGAAUGGUGGGAAUUGGCACUCAAGGAUAGCUCCAAUCCACAGAUAGCCUUGCUUCCCUUGCAUCCUGAUGUCCGUGCAAAGUUUAAUGCUACGACUGCAUGGGCCUACGCUCAGAGCAUGACAGGGAAGCCAUAUGGUUACCACAACAUGAUCUUCAGUUGGAUUGACACCAUUGCUGACAAUUAUCCACCUCCUCUUGAUGCUCACUUGGUACUUUCUGUUAUGUCCAUGUGGUCUAGAAUGCAGCCAGCCUAUGCUGCUAAUAUGUGGAAUGAAGCUCUUAACAAGCGACUUGGAACUGAGGGAUUGGACUUGCAUGGAAUUCUUGAUGAGACUGAAAGACGUGGAAUAACCUUUGAGGAAUUACUUGUCAUCCCAGAACAAGAUGAGUGGAUAUACAGUGAUGGGAAAUCAACAACCUGUGUUGCCUUUAUCCUUGAAAUGUAUAAAGAGGCUGGGAUCUUUGGUCCCAUUUCCAGCGCUAUUCAGGUCACAGAGUUCACGAUACGUGAUGCAUAUAUGCUUAAUAUAUUUGAGAAUAAUCGUACAAGCCUGCCAAGCUGGUGUAAUGAUGAGGAUGGUCGACUCCCAUUCUGCCAGAUUCUCGGAGAGUAUCGCAUGGAAUUGCCUCAGUACAAUACCAUUGAGCCAUAUGCCAAAAUGAAUGAGAACUGCCCUUCCCUACCACCAACUUACAAAAGACCAGUAAAGUGUUGAUAAUCUGAACUCUAGCCAAGUUAUUAGAUUCCUUUGCAGUGCUGUCCAAGAGUCUCAGUACUGAUCUGCUGGAGAUGUCCUUUGACAGUUUAUUCAAUAUGUAAUUGUUCCUCCUUUAAAUGUUCAAUAUGUACAU